AUGCUUAAUUUUAUGGGUUUCUCGUUGUUGAUUACGAAUUCGGUUUCUUACAAGGGAUUGUUCCACACAUUUUUAGUGCUCGAUUUUGUUUUUGUUUGCCAACUCAUCAUUCUUCAACCCUUUGUUUCUGCUUCAGGAAAUGCUGCUGAGUUGUUUGAGAAAGCAUCUCAAAGUAUAAAAGAGAGACAUUUUACUGAGGCACUCAAUGAUUUAAAUUCUGCAAUUGAAGCAGAUCCAAACCAUUCAGAAGCAUACCUUUCCCGUGCUUCAGUUCUUCGCCAGUUAUGCAGAUAUGAGCAAUCUGAAAGGAGCUACAAAAAGUUUCUGGAGUUAAAACCCGGGCAUUCAGUUGCAGAAAAGGAGCUCUCUCAGCUAUUGCAGGCUCAAAGUGCGCUAGAAACCGCUCAGUCCCUCUAUGAGUCAGGCAACUACACAAAGUCUUUGGAAUACAUUGAGAAAGUUGUUCUUGUUUUCUCUCCAGCAUGCACUAAGGCUAAGCUUCUUAAGGUGAGGUUGUUGAUAGCUGAUAAAGAGUAUGAAGGUGCCAUUGCCGAGUCUGGUAUUCUUCUCAAGGAAGAUGAAAACAAUUUAGAGGCAUUGUUGUUACGUGGUCGUGGAUAUUACUAUUUAGCUGAUCAUGAUGUUGCCACAAGGCAUUACCAGAAAGGUCUUCGCCUAGAUCCUGAGCACAGCAAACUGAAAAAAGCAUACUUUGGGUUGAAAAAUCUACUCAAAAAGAGUAAAAGCGCUGAAGAUAAUGCGAGUAAGGGCAAGCUACGGGUGGCAGUAGAGGAAUUCAAGAAUGCACUUGCCAUUGAUCCUGACCAUCGUGCACAUAAUGUAAAUCUUCACCUUGGCUUAUGUAAAGUGCUAGUCAGGCUUGGCAGAGGAAAAGACGCAUUGAACAGUUGUAGUGAAGCUCUUAAUAUCGAUGAGGAGCUUAUUGACGCUCUUGUUCAGAGGGGGGAAGCUAAACUCUUAACGGAGGAUUGGGAGGGAGCUGUGGAAGAUCUGAAAGCAGCUGCUCAAAAAUCUCCUCAGGAUAUGAAUAUCCGUGAAGUAUUAAUGAGGGCUGAAAAAGCUUUAAAAAUAAGCAAACGCAAAGAUUACUACAAAAUUUUGGGAAUUUCAAAACACGCUUCUGCUGCUGAUAUAAAACGCGCAUACAAGAAACUUGCCUUACAAUGGCACCCAGAUAAGAAUGUCGACAAUAGAGAAGAAGCAGAGGCAAAAUUCCGAGAGAUCGCCGCUGCAUACGAGGUUCUAAGUGAUGAAGACAAGCGCACGAGAUACGAUAGAGGGGAGGACCUUGAAGAAUCAGGAAUGGGAGGCGGUGGCGGUGGCGGUUUCAAUCCCUUCGGUGGUGGUGGACAGCAAUUUCACUUUACUUUUGAUGGCGGCUUCCCUGGUGGAGGAUUUCCCGGCGGCGGUGGCGGCUAUGAGUUUCAUUUUUGA